AUGAAGAACGACCAAGAAUGUUCAUUGGUCAAUAUGAUCACACAUCUUCCUGAUGAUUUAUUGUUGAAUUGCUUAGCUCGCGUUUCAAGAUUAUACUACCCUAUUCUCUCUUUGGUUUCCAAGAGACUUCGCUCUCUCAUUGCAUCGCUCGAGCUUUACCAAACCCGAACACUCUUACGCCAUAGCGAGAGUUGUCUUUAUUUGUGCUUACGUUUCAGUUCUUCUUCUAACCCACGUUGGUUCACUCUAUGUCGAAGACCAUCUAAAAUCCCUAACCCUAAUAUUAACCCUAAUUCUAGCCCUAACCCUAACACACAAUGGUUCACUCCAUGCUUUAAACCACAUAGAAGCCUGAAGAAUCAGACUAAGAAGGAAGAGAAGAGGUCGAGCAACUAUCUUAUGGUAUCAGUCCCGACUCGCAAUUUCUCUGUUGAGUCCUUGCCGAAUCAUGCCGUAAUCGGUUCUAACAUCUACAGCAUUGGCAUCGACAGUAAGUUAUGCUCGGUUAAAGUAUUUUUCUUGGACUGUCGGUCUUACACCUGGCACGAAGCUCCAAGCAUGCGGAUGAAACGAAUCUGGCCACACAUGAGUGUUAUAGAUGGGAAAAUAUAUGUAGUGGAACAAUGGAACGUUCCUCCAUCGAAUUCGAUCGAGAUUUACGAUCCUAAAACCCAAAUAUGGGAUUAUCUGCCAUGCCCUAUAGCAGAGAUACUUGGCCAGAAGUUUAUGAUAAAAAGCUUAGCAAUAGACGGAAAGCUUUACCUGUGUGGAGAUAAGUGUAUGGUUUACAAGCCCAUGGAAAAUAAAUGGGAUGUCGUCUUAGGAUACGAGACUCUCUUCCUUUGGACUCAGUUUAAAUUCUCUUGUGUAAUAAACAACGUACUCUACAGUUCUAAACUGUCCAGAGUUAUUUCAUGGUACGAUUCCGAUGAAAGAAUUUGGAGAUAUUUGAAGGGUCUGGAAGAACUUCCUAAACUACCAAGGAGUUUUAGUCGACUCAGGUUGGUAAACUAUGGUGGCAAGAUUGCGGUUUUGUGGGAGAAGAGUGGUGUUUUCUCUAGGAAGAAGAUGAUUUGGUGUGCUGUGAUUGCGGUUGAAAGGCGCAGCGGACAAGAGAUUUAUGGGAUCAUUGAGUGGUGUGAUGUUGUGCUUACCGUCCCCAAGUCAUGCUGCGUAUUGGAAUCUAUUGCUGUUACGAUUUGA